GAGCGUAGACAUUGCCUUCUUGGCCGGGCGCCACGCCUCGGCGUCGGCCAGCGGACGGCCGAUGACCGGGACUCGGAGUCCGACCUCCGGUCGCUCGGUCGACUGACCGGCCACUCGCACUCCGACCGACUUGUCCACCACCUCCGGCGGCCAUACGCCGUCGCCGCAUCGCCCCGGCGACCCCGCCGGAGAGACGGGACACUCUGCGAGGAGGCUACUGCUGCUGCUGCUGCUGCUGUUACUGCUGCCGCUGCUGGUGUCGGUGCUGUACGAGCCGGCGCUGUUGUCCAUGCCGGCGUACAUUGGAUCCUCGAGCAGGUCGUCCUCGAGCAGCGGGAAAUGGUCCGUCCGGUCUGCGGGCAGACUCGAGAUGGAGGCCAGCGUCAUGAUGACGGGACGAGUGAGCUGGCGCUGAGUCCGGCUCGAGCCGGCCGGCGGUACCGGAACCGAGGCCGGUGCCGGUACCGUGACUGCGGUCGGGAGAGGCAGUGGAGGUACGGGCGGCUGUGGGGCGUCGGCGCGGGACGUCAGGCCGAUCAAGCGUUGCGGCCACACUUGCUCGACCGGUUGGAGGCGGCCGACUCGUUCGGAGGCGAGCUCGAGAAGCGAUUCGUUGCGCGAGUCGACCAGCUCCGAGACGUCCGAGGCCGUCACGCCUCGACGGUCGGCUGGCUUCUUGCCGCAGCCGCCCAAGAGACGAGCUCGAGCCAAGGAGAAGAGGUUGUGUGGCCGCGUCAGCACACUCGCCAGGUUGGGCAGAGAGGCCGUCAUUGUGUCGUCUGCCCGUCGCACGGGCCGGCCGCGCCAGUCCAUUGUGAGUCCACUCGACGAGUCGACCCUCUCCGGCCGGCCAGAGUCACCCGUUCACGCGCUCGUCCACCGGCAUCACUCGCUCCCAGCUGGACGGACUCGAAACCGGUCUGGCCACGAAGACGUGAUCUCGUAGAAAGCGUCUCUUCUCUUGCCUCGGAGAUGGCCCAAAUUGGGUUGCUGUGGUCGCCUGCUGCUGUUGGGUAG